GGAGCCGGAGCAUGCCGAGCAUGCCGGAGCGGGACGUGGAUCCACGGCGGGCCAUGCAGAGCCGUUUCUUUGCAGCACAAGAGGAACACCCAGAAGUGCCACCAGAGGAUGGUUCUGAUGAGGUGGCGAUGGCGCAGGCCUUAGCGAACCUUUGCAGCCUUGCACAGGCCAGAAGCAGGGGCGAAGAACGCCUCCGUGCGGCCAGGGAAUUGCUGCAGAAGAUCCAGGUGGCCACUCCCACGGCACAGGCCUCGCUGCGUGUCCUGUGGACAGAGCUGAAGAGCUUGAGACGAUGCAGAUCCACCAAGGAGGAGGCCUUGAAGCUCCAGCUGCUUGUGGCCGAACGCGCCCGUGCGGCCGUCGGUUGGACCUUGCGGAGCCGAGGUGCAAAGAAAUCACCCAAAGAGUCCGUUGAGGAUCAGCCCGCAAGAAGAGCUAGAAAAAAGCCAGCAGCGGCAGCCCCGGCAGCCCUGGCAGUGGUCCCAGAUAGCGGCCUGGCCGCCAAAGAUUCGGAUGGACCAAGCGCCAGAGGUCCAGUCGUAGAGCCAGCAGAGAUUUCGGUGGAGGAAGAGGCCCCAAAGCAGAGGUCCUUGGAGGAGAGGGAGUCCGAUAGCGAUGUCAUCAUGGAGAUUCAUGAGGAUGGCCCAAAGAUGGCCCCAGAGAAGGAGAUGGCGCCGGUUGGGAAGGCAAAGCCUUUGAGACAGAUGGCCGCGUUGACAAAGAUGUGGAGGCCAAAGAAACGCCGAAAAAACGACAGAGCAAAGAAGGACAAAGGCAAAGUACCUGGCACUGGAGAAAAGGAAAGUUUGGAGCCUGCCGAAAAACAGAGAGAUGAGCCAGCAUCGAUGGCACUCCCACCUGCGGCUGAGGAGGAUCAAGUUGACAGCGACGUCAUUGUGGAACACUCCCACAAGGAGGAACUGGAUUGGUCCCGGCUGGGUGACUUGGUGUCCGACCAGCUCUUCCAUUGUAAAGGUGCCAAAGUUUCAGGAUGUCCUUGGUGCGAGCGUCGUGGCGCCAAGGUGGAGGCACCUGGGGAUGACGGAAAAAAAACUGUGGGUCUUUGGAGGUCGAUCCUUGAACAGCUGGGAUUGUGUUUUCAGAUUGGGGGCUGUAGAGGCCCUGACAACAUGCCCAAGGCGCACGGCGUGAAGUCAGGCAUCCAUGCGUCGCCUUCCCGCAGCGUUCUCGCAGAGCGCAGCAAAGUCACGAGGUUUGCCAAUCCAAUCCUUGAGGCUCCUGAGAGCCUGGAGGCAUUGCAGCAGCGCUGUGAAGUGUAUCGUCGCCAGGGGACUUGCAGGCACCUGUGCUCAGAGCUGUGCUACUUCCGCGAGUUUGAAGCUGCACGGCAGCUUCGGGCCUUGCAGGCCUGGUGA